AUGUUCAAGCAGGUUACAAGGAUUGUGGUGUUGUUGGCCGUCCUCCCCGCGGCCACUUCACAAGAGGCGGGAGAUCUCCCGGUCAGCGAGGAGCCCGCCACCAACGACGCGGUGGAGAAAACAGAGGAGGCAGUAGAGGCGCCUCCUCCCAAGGCUCCAGCUGCCCCUUCCAAAGCUCCCGCUCCUCCUGCGAAGGCUGCUCCCAAAGCAACCCCUCCACCUGCACCCCCCGCUCCCCCUGUCACUCCCCCGGUCAACCCAGCUGUGGCGGCGGCCCGCCGAUUGGAGGAGGAUGCGCAGCAGCAGAAGGAUACACUCAAUCGAGACUUCUUGGAUGCUUGCCGGAAAUUCGAUGCGACCAAAAUCGAAGAUUUGCUUCGUCAAGGUGCCAAUAUUGAUGAUGCAUCGCAAAGUGGGCCAAGGUGGUCCGCUCUCGCUGAGGCUGCGGUGCAUGGUCGGACUGACACGGCCCUGUAUCUCUUGACCAAGAAAGCGAGUCCGGACGUGGAAGACAACCGCGGCCGCACACCGCUUUUCCAUGCUGUACGCUACAACCACGGCAAUGUUGUCACAGAAAUGCUCAAGACAGCCAAGAACCUCGGUUCUUCGGAUGGAGAUGGCGUUGACAUGUUGACCCGAGCGGUGUGGCAAGAGCAGACUGCCAUUGCGCAAGCCUUGCUCACGGCUGGUGCACAAUCCGCUGCGGCAUCAAAAGCUGCCAAGAACUCCAAGAUUCCAGAGAUUCGCAAGAUGUUUGGCUUCAGCGAGACGGUGCCUGCACCAGCAGCCACACCUUCCGCAGCAACGCCUUCGCCGCCUUCGCCCCCGACGUUGUUCGCUGGCGCAUAG